UGUUUGAUAUGAACGCGCACAGAGCAAAAGGGAUUCGCAGUUUUCGGUGUCUCCCCGUCGGAACGACAAAGAAAAAGUAGUGGAAAUCAGUGAAAAACUGUCGCAAAGUGGUGCCGAAUCACGGCCGGAAGUUUCCGGGAAGCAGCCCCAAGUGCCAAUAGUGUCAUCGUGCCGGAAAAAGGUGCGUUUCUUGUUCGGUGGGCCCGCGGAAUUGGUGCGAAAGAUUCUCGUCUCUGUCAGCAAAGUCGCCUUUCUCCUUGUUGACUGGUUUUGUGUGUGUGUUUUAUAUUUUGUGGUUCUGUUCCGUCGGUUCCGAUUGAGUUUGUGUGCGUGGGAUGCUUUUGGCCGUCGGGGUCAGAACGGCGGAACACCACCAGAGCCCGAACCAGGAGUUCUGGAAGCGAGCGAACGGAACGGAUUUACGGUGGCCGUCUGCCUCGCGGAAUGAAAUCAAACUGAUGCUGCUUCUGCUAUUGGAUUACUUCCCUUCCCCACAGUAGAAAUCGGAUUUGCCUAUAGAAUAAUCGGAAUGUCAAGCGGCUGGAGGAGACCGCUGAAUUGUUUCUUCUUAAGAAAAAAGAAUCAUCGUCACCUUGUACCAGUGAAUGCGUGUUGUGUGUUUUAAGGCCAGAAGGAAACCGGGAGCCGAAAUCUUCGUCGCCGCCGUGGGUUUGAUUGCGUGGUCUGAAGGAAGAUUGAAAGCGCAGAAAAAAAAAUGUACGUGAAAAAGGUGUGAAUAGAAGAAUCUGUCUGCCCAAGAGGUUCGCGGAGAGCAUCGUUCGAAUUAGUGUCGGCCCCUCGCCGGGGCUUUAGUUUGUGUUUUUGCCUAAGUUUGUUAGUUUUCGAAGUUAAGUUUCCUGAUACUCGCGAGAUCGCAUCAACGUCCCUCAAUUGGUCUGUGUUUUUCGUUCUCUUGGUUCUGUUUUCGUCCGGUUCUGAUCGCGAAUGAGUAUGAGUGGCCCCCCAAAGGGGUUUUUCAGUGUUUGUGGGUAUCGCCCCUAGCCGUAGAUGAUUAACACGCGAAUGAGAAAUGAGAUUGGAAGAUAAGUAGUGUUUAAGGUGAAACAACAUCAGCAGCAGUUAGCGUAGAAGGAGUAACGAAAACGUGAGAAGAUUGAAGCGGAAAUUGCGAAUUGGGUUUACUAAACAGCAUAGCUCUUAACACAAAGGGAAGAUUUGGACGAGGAUAAUGUGCGUUUGAAGUAAGUGUGUAAUUAUUACGCGAAUUUAAUUGUUUGAAACUGUGACAAGCACCCUUCGAUUUUGAUCAUACGAAUAAAUUGAGCCACGGAGAGUGUGGGUCAAAAUGAGCUAAGAGGGGGGGAAUACGUACGAUGGCACAGCAACAGACUGAAAUCAAAGAAAGUAUAGGCAAAAGUAAUGAAAAAGGUGCUGAUAAACAAAAGACAAGUAAAGCAAGUAGUUUACAGAAUGGUACCGAUACUCAACCAAGUAGAAAGAAUUCUCAAAGUGGCCCAAUAAUGGGUGGCGAGAAAACGAAAUCUCCAGUGACCGGUGCCGCAGGAGGCAAUGGUGGCCCGGCUCCAUCUUCGCCUGCCUCCGGUCCUCCUCAUCCACCGCAUCCUGGGUCCGAAAAUAAUCCUGGUAUGCACCCUUAUGAAUCUUCCGGACAUCACAUGCCGCCUACUAGCAAUGCCGGUCCAACGGAUCCGAACACUAACAACAAAGACGAUAUGCAUCAUCACCCACAGCAUCAUCCGAUGCACCAGCAGCAUCCCCAACAUCACCAACAUCAGAUGUACGGUCAACCGCCAAUGCAACAUCAGCAGUACCCUAGAUAUCACCAUGAUCCUAAUAUGCCCCCUGGAGGACCCGAUCCUUAUGCCCACUAUCGGAUGGGGGCGGCACCUGGUGGUAAGCCUGGUUCCAUGAUUCCUCCAACUAGGCCGCCACCACAGCGAUACAUGCAAGGUCCGGGACCAGGACAACCACCACAACAUCCCGGUGGUCAUCCGGGUCAGCAACAGGCGCAAGGUCCCACGCCGACUCUAAACUCAUUGUUGCAAUCGCACCCGCCGCCUCCGCCACCGCACGGGCAGCAUCGCUAUCCUAACAGUUACGAUCCGAACCAACCGCAGCAGCCACCUCCGGGUCCGGGUCAAUCGCCGCAACAAUCGGGUCAACAGCAGCAGCAGCCCCCUCCUGGACAGCCUCCGCAGUCGUACGGUGGACACCAGCAAGGGGGAUGGGCUCCACCACCCCGUCCCUACAGUCCCCAGCAGAUGGGCUCCCAGCAACCGUAUCGUCCUCCACCUCCGGGUGCCAACUCUCGUGGCCAGUCGCCCUACCCUCCAGGCCCACCGGGUCAAAGCCCUGGUAACUACCCACCUCCCUCGCAACAGCAGCAACCCGGCGGCCCACAGUCUCAACCGGGGCAACAACCGGGUCAGCAGCAGCAGCAGCAGUCCGGUCGUGUUGACCAGGGUGGCCCACCACCUCCACCUCAAGGUCACCAACCGCCAGGGCAUCCUCCUCAGAGUGCACCCGGAAGUGGACCGCCACCUUCCGGACCAUACCAGCAACGAUAUCCAACUCCGCCGGGACCCAGUUCCGGCCCCAACCAUCGGUCGCCGUAUCCUCCUCCGCAUCAGUACGAGCCAGUGAGGUCGUGGCCAUCGCCGGCAGCCAGCCCGGGUCCAGGUGGACAGCAGCAGACACAUUUACCUCCCUCGCCGCACGGUCCACCUCAGAGCCCGGGUCAUCACGGGUCCGCCCCGAGUCCGUCCCCGCAGCCGCCGCAACCUGCCCAAUCGCCACAUCAGUAUCCAACACGACCCAGUCGAUCAUCAACGCCGAACGUUAACGAUGGAGAUAUGAUAGGGGAUUCGACGGGUCAGAACAGUAAUGACAGCUCGAGUGGCGGCGCAACAGGUGGUGCUUCCGCUGCUCCCGGUACGCCCAACUCGCAGGGCAUGAGGCCCAGUCCGUCGCCGACAGGUUCAUCCGGGUCCCGCUCUAUGUCGCCGGCAGUUGGUCAGCAAAGUUUACCGAUGCCGCCGCGCCCCUCCAGUAGUCACUCCCAAGUUCCAAAUCAAGCACAGAAUCAACUAGGUAGUAGUAGUAGUAAUCUAGGCCACGGUAAUCAAUCGCAACAGCAGCAGCCACCCGAUCAUUCGAGGGUAGCAUCGCCGAAUCGUCCGCCUUCCGCUUCGUCAGCCGGAGGUCCCCAACAGCAGCAGCAGCAAGGUCCACUGCCACCGCAAGCCGGGAUGGCAGCACAAGGAUAUCAAACGCAACCACCACAUCCGCCGCACAUGCAUGGCGGCUACAAAAUGGGACCAAGUCCCGGUGGACCAGGUGCAGGAAUGCCUGGUCCACAGCAAAUGUCACCAUAUCCGCCACACAAUCCUCAAUCGCAGCAGUAUUCACAUUCGCAAGGAAGUUACUCACCCCGGCCACAGUAUCCGGGAGGCUAUGGUCCAUCGCCACCAGGUGGCCAACCGGGGCAACCACCACCACCUGGUCCGCCGCCAAACAGUGUAGGCGGUGGCCCCGGUGGCUAUCCCGGUCAUCGAAUGCCAAACCAUGUAGGUGGACCACCACCGCAUUCUCAAUAUCCUCCACAUCAACCGUACCAGCAAGGCUGGGGGCCACCAGGUCCUGGACCACAGGGGCCCGGUAGCCACGUAAACAAUCAUCAGCAGCAACCCGGAAAGGGCAUGCCCCCGUCCGGUGUCCCUCCAUCGCCGCAACCGAAUCAAGCACAGUCCCAGCAGGGACCACCAACGGGAGGGCCUCCGCAAAGCGGAUCACCACGGCCUCUGAACUAUCUUAAGCAACAUCUGCAACACAAAGGCGGCUAUGGCGGUGCCCCUAGUCCGACACCGCCCCAGGGCUACGGUAACGGCCCCGGUAUGCACCCGCCGAUGGGUCCGCCCCACCACAUGGGCCCACCAAUGGGUCCAACCAGCAUGGGACCGCCAUCGGGUACUCCUCCGAACCAGCAGGGACCGCCCGGAGGUCCACCGUUGCAGCAACAGCAGCACACACCGCCACAGAGCGGGCCCAACAGUCAUCCGGACGGGUCGCUUCCACCACAGGCACCCCAUCCGGAAUCGGGCCCGCUCGGGCAGGAUAACGGCGGGCUACCACAUCCAGUUACCUCACUCGUUACAACGGGACCUGAUGGCGCUCCUCUCGAUGAAGCCAGUCAGCAGAGUACCUUAUCCAAUACCUCAGUAGCUUCCGGUGAAGACCCGCAGUGCUCGACGCCGAAAUCGCGGAAGGGCGACCUCUACAACCAAAGUCACCUGACUAGCACGCCGACGACGGCGUCGCCCGGACCGCACAACCAGCACGAAGACUUCGAGAUGAACUCGCCCACAUCCUGGCCCCGGACGCCAGCUAGUCCAGUAUUUAACAGCCACGUUCCUCCCGCGGAGCCUCCUUUUAGAUCAACUAAGAAAUCCGACAGCUUAAACAAGUUAUACGACAUGGAUGACAAACCGGAGCGAAGGCCCUGGUUGGACAAGUUGCUGGCCUUUAUGGAGGAGCGGCGAACGCCCAUCACGGCGUGUCCCACGAUCUCGAAGACACCCCUGGACCUGUACAAGCUGUACAUCCUGACACAGGAGCGCGGCGGUUUUCUUGAGGUGUGUAAGGUUACCAAGAGCAAAACAUGGAAGGACAUCGCAGGGAUGCUGGGCAUCGGAGCUAGCAGCAGUGCGGCUUACACGUUGCGAAAGCAUUACACCAAGAAUCUUCUACCGUUCGAGUGCAAGUUCGACCGGGGCGGCAUCGAUCCGGCACCUAUCAUUGCCCAGGUCGAAGCCGGUUCCAAGAAAAAGUCGAACAAGACCGCUUCGGUUCCCUCUCCGGGAUCGUCAAACUCGCAAGACUCAUUCCCAGCACCGGGCAGCAGUAGUGCAUCGAUGGAUGGCUACGGUGCAUAUCCGGGAGCUGCUGCUGCCGGUGGUUACCCACCCGGUGCCACUCCGGACUACUCGCAGGGACAGCAAUCAGGACCCGGUCAGCAGCCACCAGCCGGUGCACCUGGACAGCAACCUCCAGCACAGCAGAAUCUACAACGACCGCCGUCGCAGCAAAGCGGAACCCAAUCUCCUCAUCCAGGCUCGGCACCACCGACCACCGGAGAUAACAUUAGUGUGAGCAAUCCCUUCGAUGAUCCCGUCGGCCCCCAGCGGCCGCCGUAUCAGCAGGGUGCUCCCUAUCCACCGGCUUCACGACCACAAGGUGCUCCCUAUCCGGGACAGCCAGGAGGCUACCAGUACGGUGCUCCCGAUCAGUAUGGACAAGGUCAGCCAGGCCAGUACCCGCCUGGACAGCAGAGCCAAUAUCCACCCGCUAGCAGACCAAUGUAUCCUCCUUACGGGCCACCGGAAUCCGGAGAAGGAAGAUCAACGCCCCCGGCACCGGGCUCCGCCCCACCGGCAUCAGCCGAUCCCUACCGAGGAUAUGGUAGCAGUCCGUACCCACCACCACCACAACAGCGACCGUACGGUCAACAGCCGCCACCGGGCAGUUCCGGUCCAUCGCAGACACCCCCGGCUGGUCCACCGGGUGCUGCCAGUCAACCACCGGUCAGCGGUGCACCCGGGCAGCAACCUCCGUCAACGCAGGGUCAAGGAUACCCAGCGUCUCCACAACAACCACCACAACCAGAUUAUUACCGGCCCGAUCAGCCUAACCAACCGAGGAGACAUCCCGAUUUUGAGAAGAGUCAACAACCGUAUCCACCAUACCAGCAGCGACCGCAGAUGUAUCCAGCUGGUGGUUGGCAGGGCGGUGCAGGUCAGUACCGCGGCCAAUAUCCUCCCCAGGGACCCCAACAGCAGUGGGGAACCCACAAUGGACCUCGUCCCAGUGGACCACCCGGUGCCCCUGCCGGUCCACCUGGAGCACCCGGAACACCAAACCAAUGGAAUGCGGAACCCAAUCGGUACCCGCCGAAUCAACAGCCGCCCUAUCCGCCUCAUCAGCAGUCCCAGCAACAGCCGUGGAACCAGAUGCCACCCACAUCCCAAGGUUCACCGCUGCGGCCACCGCAACGAGGCGGCAAACCGUUCUCGUCGAUGCAGCAAGCGGGAAUGUCCAGCAGUAUGCCACCGGCGGCACAGCCACAACCCCCGCCCGGUGCACAACCAGGUACAGCACCUGCUGUUCCUGUUCCACCGGUUGGUAGCACUCCACAAGCCACCCCGGGAGCUACCCCUCAACCAGCUAGUGCUGCGGCCAAACCGAUGCCACAGGCACCAUUCCCUCCGGCCAGCACUGUUGCUCCAAAACGGGACAUCGUGUUUCCUCCGGAUAGUAUCGAAUCUACAACUCCGGUGCUGUACAAACGCAAAAGAGUCAGCAAAUUGGACAUUGGCCAAACGGAUCCGUGGCGGAUAUUCAUGUCACUGCGAUCCGGACUGCUGGUGGAGAGUACCUGGGCACUGGAUGUGCUAAACAUUCUGCUGUUCGACGAUUCGUCCGUUGGCUACUUUGGGCUGACGCACCUGCCGGGACUGCUGAAUCUGUUACUGGAUCAUUUCCAGAAAAGUUUGAGCGACAUGUUUGAAACGACGGAUCGCAAGAAGCUUCCCUACGGUAAGGCGUACGGGUGGUUUGGUAAGGAAGCCGAAGACAGCGAGGAUGAAGAGGAAGAUGAACAAGAAGAUGAGAUGCAACGGGCUAUCGAAGCGGUGGAGGUGAAAAAGGAAGUGGAAGACAUUAAAAUGGAAAAUGGAGAGACAGAAGAACGAGAUGGACUGAAGCGAGGCUGUCGGAUGGAACGAAAGCGAGAGCACCGCAAGAGUAGAAAAGCGUGCGAAGUGGAUUUGGGCUGCGUGAUUGAACUACCGAAUCCAGAGGACCGGAUAGUGGUGUUCAAUUCGACAACAAAUUAUACGAUGAGCUCGCGGAAGGGACUUCCGGUGAAGAUCCAGCCUGCCGAUGAUGACGUCUUUGUGCUGAACCACAGAAGGGACUGGGAUCGAACGGCAGAUGAUCGAUACCAUCGGGAAACUGACGUCGGCGGUGAUCCCUGGACUGCAGGACACUCGGAACCCGAUCCUCACGACUACAUCAUGGAGACGUUCCAGGCGGAGUUUGUUAACAUUCCAUUUGCUAGGCUGAUUAAAACAAGUAAAAAGUAUAAGAUGCGAUGCAAGAACAACAACAACAACAGCAGCAACAGUAACAAUAACAAUAGCAGCAACAGCCCAUUGAAGCGAAAGCAUGUGGAAGAGGAGCAAAGUGAUAGCGAAAAGUGCAACAGGACAAACGGUGAAAACCGGAUAGUGAACGGAGAAACCACCGAAGCGGAAGAAGACUCCAAACCAAGUGUGGAUAGCUUUGUGGUGAAGAAAGAAGUACCCGAAGUGACUCCGUCGAGUGACGCCGACUGUCGAGAGAUUGACAUGGAGCUGGAGAAGAGCAGCUUGUCCAAUGGUCCACAGGAGGGUCCGACCGCAGAUGAGUCUGACAGCAAAGAGGACGUGAAGAUGGAGAUCGAGGAGGAUAAGGUGGUUGACGAAAAGGUUACCGAGCAGAAUUUCAACGUUACUACAACGAUUCAAGAUCCUGCAAAGGUGUUGAAGCGCCGAAGGAUGAGCGACUAUGAAGAUGAAUGCUACACGCGAGACGAAGCCAGCUUGUAUCUCGUAACGGAGGGUCACGAUGCCCUGGCAAGGCGAUGUGUGGCGAUCUCGAAUAUUCUUAGAAAUCUGACAUUCGUCCCCAAUAACGAGACAGAGUUUUCUCGGUCCUCAAGGUUUUUGUCGAUUCUGGGCAAGAUUUUGUUGCUGCAUCACGAACAUCCCGUGCGUACGAAGAAAACGCGUAACUACGACCGUGAAGAGGACGCUGACUUCUCGGACUCGUGCAGUAGUUUGCAGGGAGAAUCGGAAUGGUGGUGGGAUUUCUUGGUGCAGAUCCGUGAGAACAUGUUGGUUUCAAUGGCAAAUAUCGCCGGGCAGCUGGAUUUGUCCCGAUUUGACGAACCCAUUUCGAGGCCUAUUUUGGAUGGUCUACUUCAUUGGUCCGUUUGUCCGUCUGCGCAUGGACAGGAUCCGUUCCCAACGCUGGGAGUAAACUCAGUAUUAUCUCCGCAACGGUUAGCACUGGAAGCCCUGUGUAAGCUGUGCGUAACCGAUUCCAAUGUGGAUCUUGUGAUAGCAACGCCUCCGUACACGCGACUUGAAAAGCUCUGCUCCGUUUUGACGCGACACUUGUGCAAAAAUGAGGACCAAGUCCUUAGGGAGUUCUCAGUGAACCUGCUACACUACCUAGCCGCAGCGGAUAGCGCCAUGGCCCGUACGAUAGCGUUGCAAUCCCCGUGCGUCUCCUAUCUGGUGGCAUUCAUCGAACAAGCGGAACAGACUGCUCUUGGAGUAGCCAACCAGCAUGGCAUCAAUUACCUACGGGACAAUCCCGACUCGAUGGGCACGAGCUUGGAUAUGCUUCGACGAGCCGCCGGAACGCUUCUACACCUGGCUAAACAUCCCGACAACCGACCCCUGUUCCUCCAACAGGAACAACGUCUGCUAGGCCUAGUCAUGAGUCACAUUCUCGACCAGCAGGUAGCCCUUAUCAUUAGCCGAGUACUUUUUCAGUGUUCGCGUGGCACCGGUCCGCUAACAACGAUGGAAAUCGAGUCCACUAUGUGUAAAAUUGAGUUCAAGAAAUCGUCCGACAAAGAACUCUCCGAAUCGAGCAAAUCCUCGAUGCAUUUAAAUUCAAUCAUUUCCAACAAUAGCAGCUCCCACUGCGGUAGCCACUCCAAUCCUGCUUCUUCAAUGGGUGCCCCUCCAGCACCGGCAGCUCUCCCGUCGAUGUCAUCCACUCCAUCGAAAUCGACCGAUCAGUUCACGUCGCUGAUGUCCCCUCAGUCUUCGUCGUCGUCAUCAUCGUCGUCGUCGUCGCCAUCGGCCUCAUCGGUAAUGCCAGCUCCAUCGGCACCCAUCAGUAACAACGGAGGCCCUCCGGCAUUCGUACCCCCGCCAGGAUCACCCUCUUCGCCGGCCAACAAUGGCAGUAAUACUGAUGUCGUAUCGCCACCUCCAGCUCCGGCGCCCCAACACCCCAUUACGGCAUCCUCGUAGUGGAAGAAAUCGCUUCUGGUCAAAGCGGUGGGACAGGUGACAACAGAGGACAGCGCCUAAUCAGCGCCCCGUUUAAUUAAUUAUACAUAUUUAGACACAAUUAGCAAGAGAGAAACAGAAUGUGGAUAGACACUCUACUAGAAGCAUAUAUAAUAAUAUAAGUAACAAAACCGAGCGAAAGGGAAGAAAAUGGAAGUGCUAGCAGGACGCGUGUGAACAUAAUCUUUAUUGUUGUACAGUAGAUUUUUAAGGAACUUGAUGGACGCGAGAUGAGGCCGAGUGUGUGUGUGCAUGCGUGUGAUAUUACUUAUGUGUAAUAUGGAGAACCUAUUUGAUAUAAUGUAGAGUAGCAACCAAACGGAAUCGCUUACUCCACCACCACGCGAUGGUUAGUUUUAAACUAGAGAAGAACGGGGAGAAUGAGAAUCGGAAACAAUUGGACAACCUCAAACCAGAAUGGGACUAUUACAUUAUUACAUUACAUUUUAAUUGAAUCAAAUUGAAUACACAAUCUUAAAAAAAAAAACAAACGCAAGAAAAUCUUAGGAAACAAGUACCGGUAUCUGAAACAGUUGUUUUGUUGUGUCUAGUUUUGUUUUUUAUCUCGUAGCUGACCUCCGGUUUGCGAUCUUCCGGAAUCCGUUCACAUUGGAUGGGUGUUCCGGAAGUGGGCGGAUCAGAGGGCAGCUUCACCUAAUCAAAUGUGUGCAAAAAAAAACCGAACGCAGGGAUCUUACGUGUGACUUUUGUUACAACAAAUCGAAAACGGGCCAUCCCGUGUCGAUGACGAUGAUGAUGUGUGUGAUUUUGUUCUUCUUACUUUAUCGUGGGUCUAAAAUUUGUUGAAUUGCGUUCGUGGCGCUUGGGGCGAUUGAUGCCUAUUUCCGGUUAUCAUGGGAGUGUUUCCAGGUUCGCAACAAAAUCGAUGUUUAAACAGUUCACUCGAACCGAUGGGGGGCGAUGAAUCGCUGCUACAAACUGUGUAUACUCAUAUAUAGUGUUAAUUGGUUGUUUUUUAAAAAAGCUGCACAGAGACAAGAGAAGCAACGAACGGCGGAGGCUAGGAUCGUUGCCGAAGUAGGUAGUAGUAUGCGCUUGUAUGGGAGGUUUCGAGCUGUGUUUGCGCGGGAGAAAUUGUAACGAUGGAUAGAUUCAAGGCAAAGUUGUUACGGAAUUAGCGGAUGUUAGUGUCUUGUCAAAUUCUAACUGAAUUCAAUCAUAGUUGAGAGUGCUGUUGAUGCCAAAUAAGAAUUAGGACGAAAAUAGCUUCGAAGAAUUGGUAAAUGGCUUCAUUUACUAAUUUUUCGGCUCAUAAAAAACCUUUAAAAAGCUAAAGAAAAUCUACUAUGCUUUGUUGCUCAGAAUACUGGUAAACAAAAGUCUUCAUCGAUUUUGCCUUAAAAGAUACAUUACAGGAAUACCUGGAUAAGAGAUAACUGUAAAUGUCACCUUCACAUCAGAGUUUCCAGAAACCAUCAAUCAAAUUAAGAAAGUCUAAGUUAUCUUAGCAGAGACCUUUUACGUUCUUAUGCAAUUCAACUUGGUGCUUAUGGACAAGGGUCUGGGUCAUUUGGCAUAAAGUCUUUUGGCAUAAUGGACAUUCGGCAUAACAUUUUUUCAUCAAGAACAGCCUUCUUUCAAAAGAAGGGCUAUAAUACUGAUUAUGCCAAAUGGCCAUUAUGCCACAUGACCGUUAUGCCGAAUGGUUUUAUUCCAAAUGACCCGCUCCCUAUGAACAAUGAAGAAGUUUCUAUAAUAAAAAUAACUUCAGUAUUACUACUGAUGGAGUUCUGAACCAUUGAGAAAUUCAUGGCGAACUCUGUGGAGACAUUUUUAGGAAGAAUCACUGAAGAAACGCAUACUGCAUUACUGCAUAGUGUAAUCUCUAGAAGAAUUCCUGGGAUAAUACCUAAAGAAAUGUAUAUUGAAAUGUCCCUGGAAAAAAAAAAUCUCGAGGAUUUCUUCCAUACUAGAGACAUUCAUGCAGCGACUUUUGAACGAAUUUCUUGAGAAAUUUCAGAUUUUUCUUGAUCGCUCGAUGAACUCCCUGUAUUUCAUUCCGGCAGUCCAGGUAUCUUUCCGUAGUAGGAUUCAUUAAGACGCUUAUAAAACAAAGCCAAACCUUGAACUUUCAAGUCAAGAAAACCAAACAGCGCUCUGAACUGAAAAAUUGAUCGUUUGAUCAUCAUCAGAAUGCAACCAAAGUUUCAACGCGAACGGUUGUCAGGUUCUCCAGAUAUGUGCACUUGAAAACUCAAAGUUAGGCUUUGUUUUAUAAUCACCUUAACUGAGUCACAUAAUCUUCUAGAUAAUUGAGCAUGGACACUUAGUUGCACUAAAUACUGUAUCACAUGACUUCUAGUUUCUCAACCUUGGACAUUCUGAAUGAAUAUAUUGAAAUCCUGAAAGAAUAACUGGUAGAUAACGAAGAGGGAUCUUUCAAGUGAUUCCUCGAGAAACCUUUGGAUAAAUAGUUAUACAAUUUCUUAGAGGUACUUAUGAAGAAAAUCAUGUAAUAAUCCCUACAUGCAUUCUAUUUUCAAGCAAUCCUUGGAGAUAUCCUUUGAGAAUUUCCAAAAGCAACUCCUAGAGAACUUUUAGCACAGUCACUGUAAAGCUGAAUAUUUGGAGGAUUUCGUAAAGUAUAUUUUUAGAGCCAAUAUGCAUUGCGAAGCCAAAUUCAUGUCGCCUUUUUAAAUUUCUUUGUUCGUUAAAAAAAAACGAAAAACUCGCGGUUUGGCCGAGUUUAUAGGAAACAAUAUUUUUAAAGAAAGGGAUAAGAUCAUUGGAUCAUUCCGUCAACAUUCGACAGCGUCCAGUUCUGACGAGUUUGAUCUGUUUCCUUUUUUCAAAUUUGAAGGCAUCCACUAUCAUAAUAUAACAAAAAGAAGCCUUGAAUAGUUUCCGUGAAGUUCUUUCCUUUUUAAAUUCAUAAUCACUCAACUUUGUCCAGAAUGUAUCGUUUAACUAUGACACUCCCAUGCACAAACACAAACCUCAAACCUAACCCGUCGUCGACCCGCGAUCGGAACCAACCCCUGUAAAUUGUAGUCUUCAACAGAGUAAGCAAAAUACGAUCUACUUAUUGCAAUCUGUAGUCAAACUCCUUUGGAAAAAAAUGUGGAAACCGAACGCCCAAAAAGGUUCAACAUAUAAGACGUGUUAUUAGUAAUUUAUUGAAAACAAGCCCGGAUUUGUCCCCAAUUGCAAGACAGAACCUUGCCAAUCAGCAUACCUAAAGAUCCGUGAAAUGCAAAAUCGAAGAAACACAAAACGAGAUGAAUUGGAAACAUUGAUCUAUUAAAAACCCGAUUGCUAGUGGAAAUAAAUUAAUGUGUUAGAAGUGUAGCUAAAGUAAAACCUAUAAAUAUGAAUAUAGCAAAACGAAACAAAAAUCAAUGAAACAAACAAAAAACAGAGCCAGAAGAAAACAAGAAAAGAAACUAGUUUAUUUAGUAAUGACGUGCCCACGGCAUAACUAAAAGUAAAAACUCUACAAAGCAAACCAACAAACGACAGACAACAGCUAAAAGUGGUACUAUUAAUAAGGUGUGUGUGAAUGCGCAAUGCCCGUCCCGAGAAUCGGGAUGGAACUCGCGAACCAACGGUUUUGACGCGUCGUCGGUCCGAGUAGUGACCUAACGCCCCACCGAAAGUCGUUUGUGGUGGACUUCUUUUGCGCGGGCAUUCGCUACUCGCAACUCACCGGCGUCCGAUCAAAGUUUAUGUAAAUGAAUCUCCGUUGCUAUAGUUAGCAGACAAGGGAUGGGAUUUAAUACGAUUACUUGAGUUAUCAAUCUGGUCCUGUUUAAAAACACACCUAAUGCUAAAAAGGGUAUCCCUGAGUUCCUCUGGAAAAACCAUAAGAGACGGACCAGUGGUGCAACACCAGCCCGCAGGCACUAUGAAAUGCUGCUGACACUCUAGUGAGAUGUGAGGUGCGAUAUGAUUAUCCAUCGUCCCAGGAGGAUGAUCCUAAGAAAUACGAACAAAUCGAGUGCGUGCGAACGAAAAAAAAUAACACAAGCAAACAGAGAAACAAAGUGGAAGAAAAGGAAAAGAAACUACUAAUAGCUGUGGUAGAAAUACAUGAAAAUGAAAAAAUAUAUAGAAAUAAUUGAAAAUAUCUGAUUUUCUUCCCACUUUAAUCUUUUCUGUUGUACAACUGAAUGUGUGUGAAACUUAAGUAAAACUGACGGUGAAAGCACCCUAGGGCAAAACAAACUGGAUAUAAGCGAAAGAGAACCCGAAGAAGCUUUGUUUCUUCGCAUUCUUUCCGAAUCAUUAUUACACAGUAAGAAAGAAUGCAACAGUGUAGUGUAGGGCCAGCUGAAUAUGUGUACAUUUUUUGAAGUGACUAAUUAUUGAACGAAGGUACUGCAGUUGCUGCUUGAUCUUUACGUUUCUAGUUAUUAUUUUUAGCUGAGGAAAAGUUUCUUACUUUUUGCCGCAGAAUUUCGUCUCUCAGUAAGAAGGUUAAAUUAUUAUCGCUUUUUUGUAUGACUUUUUCAAUUUACCAAUAUAAGAGCAGCAUAGCACCCGAUAGUAGAACCAUUUUCCUUUAUAGAUUAAUUUAUGAAGGAAAGCAACGAGUAAAUAGUGAACAGUCGUUGAUCAAUGGAGUAACAAAAAUGAAGAAAAUCCAGAAAAACAAAAAAGUAUAUAAAGUAAAUCUUUAUCAUAAGAAGCUAAUGGUAGCAAUGUAGGACGGGAACUCUUAAUAACCUAUUAUUUAAAAAAACACAAGAAAAAAGAAAACGGUAAAAGAUUGCAAAUAUAUAAAUGUCAAAUAAAUUCAAUUACGAAUAAUUUAACAUUAAAAAAGGAAAACUGUAAACCAGACACACAAAAACAAACAACCAGACACACACGCAUACACUAAAAACUGAUGGACAUUUUGAAGAAUGAAAGGGGGUUAAUGUUUAAGGAAAGAA